UCCAUCACACGUAGGACAGUUCCUUGCGUUCGCGUUCCGCCAACACGACACAUAACGGAGCGAAGUGCGCCAUGGGGCGCCGAUAUUCGAUUUCAAUCGCCUGGACUGUAAUGUAUUGAAAUUGAUAUAUUACUAUAAUAAGCUUGAAACGUUUAAUAGUUCCCUUUUGUUUUACUCGUUGCUCGAUAGGCUAUCAUAACCUCCGAAGUUUAUUUUAUUUGCUUUCAGGACCGUUAUCCUUACAGUUAGCGCAGGACUGCCUACAGUUAAGGUAGCCUAUUAUACUUCGUUGCUGAUCGUGUAUAAAUAAUAGGGCACUACUUUACAAGUAGGUACAGCCUCUGACACUGUUAUUAUGGGCAUUUGAAUGCCGAAAAGGCGGAGUGAAUAACAACAUUCCAUCCCAAGUGGGGAAAAAACAAGUUUCAAGGAGUCUGUUCUUUACAACGGAAAUGAGAUCAGUCGCUGUGCUUUCCUACGUUUGGCGAGGGGAUCCCACUUUAAUAGUUUUUUUUGUCGUUUUAGCUCAUGUGUUUCAUUUGGAAAUAUAACUUCAAGUCGUUCUUUCAUCAAGAUGUUUGCCGGGUUGAUGACUUUGGAAUUCCAAGGUGGCCCAGUCCUGCCGUCUGAGUCAGCUGGAAGCCUGCCCCGUAAGAGGCUCCAGCGCAGGCCAGGGUGCGUGAGGCCAGACCUGCCCAGGCCUCAGAGCUCUUCCUCUGGGGAGGAGGGGAGCACCACCUGCCUGCAGAACGGAAUAUCUGGAAGCGCUGGCGGGGAGGAUCGCAAUGACAUCAUCACCGAGUCAACCAACGCUAUGUCUGGAAGCCGGCAGCGACCUGCCUUGGAUGAACUCUCCCUGGGUCAGUGUCGACACAUCCUCCUCUCCUCCUCCGCUCCCUGUCUUCCUCAGGAAGGCUGUGGGGCUGCGAGGCCUCCGUCCAGAUCCCAGGACAAACCCUUCUGUGACCUCCAGCUGACCCCUGGCCUCCAGCCUGGCCCUGCCCAGCCCAGACUCCCUGGCCCAGGGGACUCCUUCAGGUCCAGCUUCAGCUUCAUCCAGCAGUCGCUCACCUCCACCCAGGGAACUCCCACUGUCCCUGAGCUACGCAUCGCCUCCCUGGAACCAGCAGACCAGUCAUCCUCUAAGACAUUACCUUCUAGGGCUGGGUUAGCCCUCUCUGUCCAGCAGGAACCUGAAUGUGUUUCCUCUAGUCAUCCAACAUCUAAAACACCAGGAGACAGAUCUAUGAGACAACCCGGUUCAGAGCCUGGCUCAGCUCCACCCAGCCAAUCAGAGUUGUCGCUGGGUGAGAGGCUGUGGCAGGAUCGCCACUGGGAGGGCCGGGAGGUGGGGGGUUGCACGUCGGUGACCUCUGACCUGAAAGAGAGUCUACCCGACUCUGACUCCUGCUCCCUGGACACCGAGGCAGCCUCGUCCGUGUCCCUGGAUUCAGACGCUGCCACAUCCGGCUACGACAGUGCGACCCCGGGGGGUGAGCAGGGCUGGGGCAGCCUGCUGAAGACGUAUGAAGGAGCCCUGCAGGCCUGCCUGCAGAACACCCGGACCAACACCAAGAUCGAGUCCAUGAUGUUGAAACUGCAGAGGCUGCAGCAGAAAGCUGUCCUGGAGGAUGAUUAUGACAGCGCGGAGCAUUUUGGUAAGAAGCUGGAUGAGCUGUGUGGAGAACGGACGCGCCUGCAGCUGGACCUGCCCUCCAGACAGCCAGGGGUCUCCCUCCUCCUACAGCGGCUGGGACACGCACUCCACAGCGCCCUCCGCAGGACCCAGGACGCCACUGAAGGUCGGGAUGCUGACCUGGUCCAGGUUCCACAGCAGAAGAGAGUCUCCUGUCUUCUGCAGGAAAAACGACAGGUGGAGGUGGAGAUGCAGGUGCUGCGUCGGCGUCUGGAGGAUCUGGAGGAGCGGAGACGCAGCCUGGAGCAGCAGGAGCAGCAGGAGGAGGAUCUGCGGGGCUCGGAGGAGGCAGAGGAGAGCUUGAGCCUGCGAGGGCGCAGCGCGGCCCAGCUACGAGACAUGAGCCGCACCCUGGACGACCUGGUCGCCUGUGAGAGCCGCUCCCAGAUGAUCGUCUCACCUCCAGCCUCCACGCUCAGACUCCAGGAGCAGGAACAGGAAGUCAGUCUGUCCAUCAAGGAGGCCACGGCCAAAGUGGUGAUGAGUCAGAGGCUGGGGGCCAGUUUGAGGAGGAAGGUGAGCGAGACAGAGACUCAGCUCCUGGCCCUCCACGAAGCCAAGCUCGCCGCUGUGUCAGGUAAUGACUUCAGCAGUGCCAGGGAGCUGAAGGCUGAGAUGAGGGGGGUGUACGCAGAGAGGGAGCGUCUGGAAGGCCUGGCCAAGAGGCUCCACAGCCUGAGUGCUGGGAACAGCCAGGAGCUGGCCAGGAUGAAGGAGCAGCAGCAGCAGCUGAAGCAGGAGCUGGAGGAGAGCGUGGCCCAGCACGAACGCAGUCUGAAAGAAAACGCUCUGAAGUACAUCAGGCUACUGGAGGACAGAGUCCACAGCUGGGGCUGUCCCGUGCUGGAGCGUGUGUGGGAAGCUGACCUGGAGGCUUGUCACCUGCUCCUACGAGGCAUCCAGCUCCGCAGCCCUGCGUGCAGCGGGCUGGAGGGAGAGGACCCCCCCGCCAUAGUGGGCCGGUCCGCCCAGCAGGGCUCCAAACAGGAACAGGACUGCGCCAUGCUCACCGCCCUGGGGGGGCGCUGGGGCCCCGACGCCAACCUGCAGAACUCUGAGUUCACCAAGAAAUUGGAGGAGUUUUUGUUCAGCAUGGAGGAUAAUCACCCAGAGGAUGGGUGCAGUGAGGCUGCAGACCUGACAGAACAGUGUGAGCUCAUUAGUGACAGACUGAUGACCUUGGAGGAAGACCUGCAGACAGCCAUGCUCAGCCGAGACCAGGCCCUCACCCAGUCCCUGGAGGUGGAGGUGAAGGAGGUGAAGGCUGCUCUUCAAAGCAUGCUAGUGCGACUGAAAGAGGAGGAGGAGGAAGAGGGGGGCCAGUACAUCGUGGAAAACAAAAAGGAGGAGGAAGAGGAUGAAGAGGAGGAAGAUCAGUACUUCAGUGACAGCUGGGAGAUUUGACCCGGGGGUGGAGUGUGUUCUGAGGCAGUGGGCUCUGGAUCUCCUGACCCAGCCUGGGAGAAUGACCCCAGCCACACAGGAGAAACAGUACUAGUUACUGCACACACCCCCCCCCCCCCCCCCAUCAGUCUCCUCACAACAGGCCUCUACACUGGUGCUGAAAGAAAGACGUUCACAGACCUUGGAAAUAUAUCCUUAUUACAUUAGUGCCAGUGUACUGGAACUGACACUCAAAGAUACUGUUUGUUGUAGUCGUCGUACUUGGAAGAACAGAUAUUGUGCCAGCAGGCGUCUAAGCAGCUGGAACAGCUCCUCAGGCAGCUAACAGGACUGGGUUGGUGUUCUCCUGACGGUCCAGUUAGGUUACCUCACUCAAUACUGGGGAUAGUCUGAAAACACUUGCAAGGAUUUUAUUGUAAAAAUAAGGACCAACAUGACAAUCCAAAUGUAUGGUAGUUCAUAGUUUUGCACAGGAACAGAGGUGGGGGUCAAUGUUGCCUUGUUGCUUAAUUCAUUACGACUGGAUCAUAAACCGUUUAGUUAUAGUCCAUGAUAUUCUACGUGGUGCUACAGAGGUGCAAGCUAACCUGAACCCCCUCCUACCAGUGUGUAGACUGGUGUUAAGACCACAUCACUGUCCACAGUGUGCAGACUGGUGUUAAGACCACAUCACUGUCCACAGUGUGCAGACUGGUGUUAAGACCACAUCACUGUCCACAGUGUGCAGACUGGUGUUAAGACCACAUCACUGUCCACAGUGUGCAGACUGGUGUUAAGACCACAUCACUGUCCACAGUGUGCAGACUGAUGUAACACCACAUCACUGUCCACAGUGUGCAGACUGAUGUAACACCACAUCACUGUCCACAGUGUGCAGACUGGUGUUAAGACCACAUCACUGUCCACAGUGUGCAGACUGAUGUAACACCACAUCACUGUCCACAGUGUGCAGACUGAUGUAAGACCACAUCACUGUCCACAGGCUUUAUUCCACGUGUGUGAGAAAGAGAUGCAAUGCUUUUUUAUAAUUGUGUUGAAAGAGGUCUAGCAUGCAGACUCUUGAUGUUUUAUGCGUUUAUCCUGGGAGACUGAUGAGACUGUGUCAUGUGCAGAGAAGCUCUUUAAUAACUGUUGGAUGGUGUCUUACGUCCACAAAAAAGCACUUUUGUUGUGUCUUGUCUGUCCUGCUUGUUAUAAAGAAGUACUGUUGUGUUUUUGUAGCUUGUUCUAUUGAAGGUUGUGAGAGCACCACUGUGCAUCCUGUUUGUCCCACUUCUCUCUCCAACCAGCAGACACAGUCUCACACCUGCACAGUCUCACACCUGCACAGUCUCACACCUGCACAGUCUCACACCUGUUUAUCAAUGUUCUGUCUCAACCUUCUUACUGUACGGUUUGGAACCACUGUGUUCUGUUUCAUAUUUAUAUACAGUAUAUAUACUGUACGGCCUAACGAAAUAAAGUGUGUACCUUUCUGUUGAA